CGUGGAAAGGUAAAAGCAAGAAAAAUCUCCCAAAACCAAACAGAUUCAAACCUUUCUUCAAUGGCUUCUUCUACCUUGAUUACUCCCUCUUAUUUUGCUUCCACGACACUUCUCCCCUUCGCCUGCAACCUCAGCUCUUCAAGGAUCUCAUUCCCUUCGAAAAACGCCUCCUAUAGCCUCCCUAAACCUCUCGAGGCAUUCUCUUCUCCUGAAUCCAAAGCUGCAGUUGUUACUAAAGACACAUGGGAGAAAUCAAUAUUGAACAGCGAUUCCCCAGUUCUCGUCGAAUUUUAUGCAAGCUGGUGUGGCCCCUGUAGAAUGGUUCACCGGAUUAUCGAUGAGAUUGUAGGGGAGUAUGCCAAGAGACUCAACUGCUUUAUUCUCAAUACGGACAAUGACUUUCAAAUUGCAGAGGAUUAUGAAAUUAAGGCUGUACCGGUCGUGUUGCUGUUCAAAAACGGAGAGAAGCGAGAGUCCAUUGUCGGUACCAUGCCAAAGGACUUCUAUAUAGCUGCUAUAGAGAGGGUUCUGAAGUCUUAAAACAAUGAUAAUACUGCAUAACUGGAAUCUCCGGUAAAGGUUUCAGGUUUUCUUGCAUAUAUAUUUUGUUAACCGGAUCAUGAAUGCAUAAACUGUGCAUCAUUUAGUUGUAUCUUGCUGGUUUCUAUUAACACCAUAGCCUGGAAAUGUUUGGUUUGAUCCUUCUUGGUUCAUGGUUUUCCAUUUUUCAACUAAAAUUGGUACCUUAAAACUUUAAACUGUUCUCUCU